UUAUUUUCUAGACAUAUAUGUCUUUCAACUUUAUUCGAAAAAGUAGCUCGUCUUAAACGGACGCGCAUUUCGUGGUAAUUAAGUCUGGAAAUCUGGAAUUUAUAAAAUACCGAAAUAUCAACAUGGACUGCGGAACAUCUCUAGUCAAGUAUAUCCUUUUCAUUUUCAACGCCAUUGUUUUGGUAAUCAGCAUUGUGUGCGUCUUUUUCUGCACGGUGAUCCUGAAAACCAUCGGAGAACUGGAUGGUAACGGAGAGGCAGUCUUCCCUGUUUUUCUGCUGAUCCUAUGCUCGAUUGCGAUCUUCAUCUCGAUCCUGGGAUGCUAUGGUGCCUGUCAAAAGUCCAUCUUUAUUACCCGAAGCUAUGCUGUCAUCUUGCUGAUCCAGAUAAUCCUGCAACUGACACUUUUCGUCCUGAUGUCCACCAAUAAGGAGCAGGUAGAGCAGUUCGUGGGUGAUGCCAUCGAUUAUGCUUGGAAAUCGAGCCAUAAAGAGGGAGGCACCUUCGAUACCAUCCAGAAAUGGUUUUACUGCUGCGGUCGUGAUUCUCCCAACGAUUAUAAUGAAGUAGGCCACACCAAACCCUCAAGCUGCUACAAUGGUACCCAUGCUGAAUCCAGUUUAUACAACGGAUGCCGUGGCCAAAUAAUCAAAUACAUGUAUCUUGCAACUGACAAGUUCGUGGUUAUCAGUGUGAUUAGUCUUCAACUGAUCUUCUUCAUAUUUUCCUGUUGCUUUGCUAACAACAUGGGAAUCUACAAACGCCAGAAAGCAUCGCCGGUUUUAUCCACAUCAUGCAGAACUGACGAAUUUGUUUUCACAUUAAAAUGAACAAAAAUAAUAAUCAAACCAUUUGAUUAUAAGAAAAACUUGUAUUGUU